CAGAAGGGUCAUAGAGUAUAGAAACAGGUCCCUAUUAUGUCACUUCGUCCCAUCGACCUGCACGUUGAUUGUAGCCUUCCCAUUCAGCUCCAAUGAGUCAGCAGUUCUGGACGCCGUGGAGCCUCCAGGAGAACUGUGGAGAGGGGGAUGAUUUCAUUCCAUUUGUGACGCGUUCCAGGACGGUGAGCCGGUGCAGAUCCCCAUCUGCCUCUGUGUGGUGGUGUUCUUCCCCUAUGGGGGCCUGGAGUGAUGGGACGGAGGUGGAGGACCUGACCCAGCAUGGGAGUGCUGGUUGGAUGGAGGUGUACGAGGAGGCUUCCCCCUGGCUGCUGAGCGGUCAAGCAGUGGAGAGAAUGAAACCUACAUCACCCUCAGGUCUGGGGCUGGACAGGCUGCCCUCCCCCAGAGAACUGUACGGCCGGAGGAAGGGCCAAAAUCGGAGACAGAGACGGCCACGGGUACACAGCUCCAGCACGGCUGUCCUCGCGCACCUCGAGGAGCUGAAGAAGAGACAGAACUGCAUCAAUCAACUGAAGGGUCCAAAGUGGGGCAGCAGCAGAUCUCAAGGCUCGGCAUUGGACACAGACGAGAGCCUGAUAGAUCAGGAAUGGCAGCCGGUCGAGUGUUCUAGCAACACAACGGAGACAUACAGCUCCAAUACGGAGGCCCAAGAACCGCUGUUCCGGCCACGGUGGAGUUUCGGGGUGCAGGAGCAGUGCCCAGUUUUUCCUCACACCAGCGACCCAGAGAAAUCAGCUGGGGAGAAGCUUGGUCUCAGGGAAUCCGGGACAGAUCCGACCCGGGGUGGAUGUGUCCUGUGGGGAGUGGGACACCUGGCCGAGGAGUGAGUGACCGGCGGGUCGUGACACCAUGGAUAAUUGUUAUUGAGUGUGCAUUUUUAUUGACUAUUUAUUGCUGGGGCUGUGGGGCUGGAGGUGACUGAGUGAGUCUCUCAGACUGUGUGUUCUCCUUCUGACAUACUGGGCAGUGUGGGAUCAAAUCUCUGGAACGGACCCAUCGUCUCUGUGGCCACUGUCCCUCUGCAUAUUGCAGUGGGAUGGAAGGGUCUCUGCUGUCUGAUGGGCAGCGUAGUGGAAGGCAGAAUGCUGGGCCACUGAGGGACAGGAAGAGUGUUUCUGUAAGCCUGGGGAUGGCCACACUCUCCCUAGGUCUGCCUACCUCAGGGCAAGCAGAGGUUGGGACAAGCUGACUGCACAGCACCCAGUAUGUCCCUGUAGAAUGGGUGAUUAUCACUCACACCUCAUCCUGUGGCCAGGAUGGUUGAUGCCCCUCUCCGACCUCAUGCUGGGUGUCUGAAAACCUCCCCCCCACUCCCACAACCCCCGUCUGCUUCGAUAUUCUUAUUGUUAGAAUUCAAUUUCUUUGACCAGUGUUGGUUGGGUGUGUGGUUUAUGGUCUUCUUGCUAACAAGUGCGUGUUUCCAGAUGACCCAUCCCCAGCCUGUUGGCGUCAGUGUGUGUGGGGGGUGGAGAUGAACUGGGUGUGACAUAGGGGAGGUGGUCAGGGGUUUUGAGACAAACCUUAGCUUCCAUUCAGCACCUCUGUCCUGACCCACAUACCUAACCCGAGCCUCCACUGCCAGGCUUGGCUCGUGUUCCCGCAGGCUUCAACUGUUUCAUGGUCCAUCUUGUCCCCGCCACUCCCCGUCUUGUCCUCACCUUGUCCCCUCCACUCCGUACCUCAUCCUCACGUCCUCUCUUCUCCACGCCACUACUUGUCACCCUUCCACACCCCACCUCGUCCUCCCCUCCACUGUCCAAUGCCGUUGGUGAUGUGCGCUGGGUGACAGUCUGUGAUGAUCCUCGGGCAGCUGAGAGUUUAUGCCUUUUAAGUUGUUACUGUCCUAAGGUUCUGCAUUUUCCUGGCAAUG